AUGCCCAGAAAGACGGAGAGAAAAAGCAGCGACAAACGAGAUGGAAACAAGAAGACACCGAAAAAGGAAAACUCCGAGUUUCCUGCAGAGAAAAGCGGGUCUGGCGACAAAGAGAAGGACCUCUACCUGACACAGAUAGCGUAUUUAACCGACGAGCUGGAGCGAUAUCAGCUGAAAUGUGAUGACCUUGUGAGACAGAGGAAAGACUUGCUGACUCAGUGCAGCACACUGGAGCAGGAGAACAAAGACACGAUCGCGUACCUGAAGCGUUCCCUGUUGGAGAAGGAGGACGAGGUGGGCGAGCUGUUGCAGCGGCUGCAGAACCAGCUGCAGGCUUCAGAUCAGGAAAGAGACGCCCUGCAGCUGCGGCACAGCCGGGAGAGGCAGGAGCUUCAGAACCGCUUCGAUGAACUUAUCAAAGAAAACGCAGCACUUGUGGAGAGGCUUGCAAGCCUGGAGGCGUUUCAGGGGCAAAAGGAGGAGAUGAUGUCCAGCUUAGAGUCUCUGGAGAAGCAGCUGGCGAGUCAGAAGGAAGAGCACAAAGAUGACAUUCACAGCCUGGAGAUGAAAGCGCUGCUGGAAAAGAGGAGAUUGGAGAGGGAGAUGGAGUCUCACGCUGCAGCCAUGGCAGCAGAGGUGCAGCUCCUGGUGGACCAGAAAGUCCCGGAGACGACCAGGCUGGCGCUGCAGGAGAACACGGAGGUGAAAGCUCGCGUGGGGCAGCUGUCGGAGCAGGUGCAGGUCCUGAUGGAGGAGAACACCGCCCUGCGGGGCUGCAAGAGUCAGCUCAGCGUGGAUGUGGAAAACCUGGAAGAAAUGCUCAGAGAGACGUCACGCACCAGCUGCGUCCGUAAGAAGGUGGUGGAGCAGCUCACAGAGAAGUGCCAGCAGCUGCAGGCGGAGCAGAAGGACUGCAGGCAGCGGCUCGAGCAGCUUCAGACCGAACACGCGGGAGCCCUGGGCAAGAUGGAGGCGCUCAGGCAGAAUCAGGCCUCUCUGUCUGAACAGUGCAGUAAAAACAGAGCUCAGGUCAGCCGGCUGGAGGCGGAGCUUCAACAGGAGAGGAGAAGGAGGAGCAGGAUGAAGAACAUCAUUCAGGAAGCAGCUGUUGCUCUCAGACAGGCACUGAUGGAGGAACACAUCCAGCAGGACUCAGAGGUGGACCAGUGGAAGCAGCUGAUGCAGAGGAUGCUGGUGCUUUUAAGCAGAGACGGAUUUGCCAGCUCCGCUGCUGACAGCGGCAAAGUGAACGAGCUGCAGACGCCUGACUCUGCAGCAGCCCGAACAAGAAGUCUGGAUCCAGACUGGAGUUUCCAGUUCCAGCUGGCCCGCUACAGGCCGGGAGAUCUGGGUUUUGUGCCUCGCCCCGCGCUGAAACACAAAAACGUGCUCCCCAGGAUGGAAGCUGGCUCCAGCAGGAAACCGUCGAGUCUGAAGGCGGACAGCUCUGUGAAGCUCACCGAUUCAGCUGUGACCUCCAAACACUCAGAGACCAAACUCAAGUGACAGUAGCAAAACUCAUCUCCUAAAAACUGUAAAAGUCGAUUAUGUUGCAGUUCAGUCUGACUUUUACUCCUGUGAGCUCAGCCUGUUACAGUAAAGGUGACGCCUCUGUAACAAACUCUAAUAAUGUUCCUGCUGUUUCUGGCUGUGUGAUGAAAACAGCUUGUCUGUUAUAAAUGUUGUUUAUCACAGUCUUCA